UUGACUAUGUGAGUACUUUGUGGGGAGCACGGGGAUGGAUUCUGGCAUGGAAGAGACACCAGUUAAAGUUGCAGUUCGAGUCAGACCUCUGCUUUUCAAAGAAGUACUUCACAACCACCAAACAUGUGUAAGACUAAUCCCAAAUACCCAACAGAUUAUCAUUGGGAAAGACCGUGUCUUCACUUUUGAUUACGUGUUUGGCAAAAACUCAACCCAAGAAGAAGUCUAUGCUGUUUGUGUUAAGCCUCUUCUAGUGUCUUUGACUAACGGAUACAAUGCUACAGUGUUUGCUUAUGGACAAACGGGUUCUGGCAAGACUUACACCAUUGGAGGUGGCCACAUUGCAUCCGUUGCAGAGGAUGAAAAGGGCAUCAUUCCACGGGCUAUUGAAGAGUUGUUUCAUCAUAUUUCUGAAAACCGCAGCAUUGACUUCCACGUGAAGGUAUCUUAUAUAGAGGUUUACAAAGAAGAACUUCGUGAUUUAUUGGAGUUGGAGACCUCUGCAAAAGAAUUACAUAUCCGAGAAGAUGAAAAGGGAAAUACGGUGAUUAUUGGUGCUAAGGAGUUCCCUGUAGAAUGUGCAGAUGAAGUUAUAAGCCUGCUGAAAAGUGGCAGUGCAGCUCGUCACACAGGCACAACACAAAUGAAUGAGCACUCUAGUCGAUCUCAUGCCAUUUUUACCAUCAGUAUUUGUCAGAAACAUCCUGUAGAGCCUCAGAAAAAUACCAAUGUUGUACGGGAUUCAUCCAGGAAAUCAGUCCAGAAGAUUGCCUCCAAGUUUCAUUUUGUGGAUUUGGCAGGAUCAGAGAGGGUGACAAAGACUGGAAAUACUGGUGAACGCUUCAAAGAGUCAGUUCAGAUCAACAGCGGUCUGUUAGCCUUGGGAAAUGUCAUCAGUGCCCUUGGAGAUCCUAAAAGGAAAAAUGUACACAUUCCAUACAGGGAUGCUAAAAUCACUCGUAUUCUGAAAGACUCCCUUGGAGGAAAUGCCAAGACGGUCAUGAUAACAUGUGUAAGUCCAUCCUCAUCAGACUUUGAUGAAUCUCUAAAUUCCCUCAAAUAUGCCAACAGAGCCAAAAACAUUAGAAAUAAACCAGUUGUAAAUUACAACCCUGAUCAAGAACGGAUUGAUGAAAUGGAACUUGAAAUCAAAUUGCUUCGAGAAGCUUUGCAGAACCAGAAAUUUGGUAAUCAGGGUUCACGUGACUUGAACCAGGAACGAACUCAUAUAAUUUCUCUUGAGGAGCAGCUCACCCGGCUUCAAGUUCAAUGUUUCAGUUACAGAAAUUGUGUAGAUGAAGCUCUCCCAUUACUGCUUGACUUGAAUGGUGAUGUUAACUUAGAAAGAAAUCAACGGGACAGGCUGCAGAAAUGGAUCACUAUGGUAGAGGAAGUAAGAAAGGAAGCUCUCAGCAUACAGGGAACUGACACAGGGACUGGGACUAGCCAAGAGCCACUACACAUCACAAUUUUUCAGCUAAAGAAGGAGCUAAAGAAAAGCCAGCAGGCUCUAGUUAUGGAUGAAGAAGUAUUUAGCCAGAAGGACCAUGAACUACAGGUACUGCAGAAUCAGAUAAAGACAUUACUGCAGGAAAAUGAAGAGCACCUGCAGUCAUUAAAGGAGGCUCAAGAAACAAAGAGAUUGCAGAAUGAGAAAAUGGUGGAACAGCAAAUGGUUAUUGAUCAGCUAAAAGAAAAAUUAGAGAAGUUUACAGAUGUGAAAACCUUGGGCUCCUCAAGCGCUUGCGCAGAUGGGCCAGCUGUUGUGGCAUCUGCAAGAAGGCCAUACAGUGUCCCACUCACAAAGAGUCUGCUGCACUCCCUUCGCCCACCUUCAGGAACAGAGACCCAAAAGAUGUACACCAGCCCCCCUGCCUUUUUGCUGGCCCGAGUAAUGGCAGAAUUCCAUGCUCGCAGACAGACAGUGCUGAACAACAUAGAAGAUCAAGAUAAGGUCCUUCACUGCCACCUCUCUGAUCACAGCGAUGAAGAGAAACAAAAUACAAGCAGCAAAAAGAAAACCUCACUUAAGCCUUUCACAAAUGGAACAUGGACACAAAACCAGGCUUCUCUGUGCUUUCUUCCUGAUCUAAGUAACAUGGAGUGUCAAGUAGACAAGUCUGGUUUAUCCAAAGAGUCUGUGCUACAGACUGACACAACCACAGGUGAAGACAUUGGCAGCCUCCAGAAAAGUCAUGUUUUUAACAUGCAGAAGUUAAAGAAUUCAGAGUUGAGACUCACUGGAGCCAAGCAAAAUAUGAGAGAACUUGAACUUAAUAUCAAAAUGAAAGAGGAACUUAUUAAGGAAUUAGUAAGAACAGGUAAGGAUGCUCAGUCUGUCAGCAGGCAAUAUUCUUUGAAGAUAACUAAACUGGAGCAAGAAAUUGAACAGGCCAAAAUGGAACUGACUGAAGCACAAAAGCAGCUUCAGGAGCUGGAGAGUAAGGAGUUGAGAGACAUUCCUGAGAAAGCCAAGUUACAAAAAGAGUUCAGUAAGAAGAUGGAUGCAGCUAAGUUGAAAGUGCAGGCCUUACAGAAGCAGCAUCAAGAUGCUAAGAAUCUGGCUUUAUUAUUUAACCAAAGCAAGAGACAAGCAACAGAACUUGAACAGAAUGUGGCUCAGAUGAAGCAUCAGCUGACCCAGCUACAGAAGAGACUGUGUGAGGAAAGCGGGAAAAAUAAACAACUAGAAGCAGAGAUUCAGCAGGACCAGCAACAAAUUAAAGAACUUGAGAUGGAGCAACAGAAGAUCCUUAAGGAUGAAGAGAUUGCUGCAUUUAAAAAGAAAAAUAGUUCAAUGGGAACUUCACAGAAGCUACAGAAAUUAGAAGAGCAAAAGAAAUGGCUGGAUGAAGAAAUGGAAAGAACUCUCCAACAGCACCAACAGUUAGCAGAACUAGAAGAAGAUAUAAAGAAAAGAGAAGCCAUUGUAGCCAAAAAAGAAGCAUUAUUGCGAGAGAAAAAACACCUGGAAAUCAAGAAACUGAGAUCUAGUCAGGCUUUAAACAAAAAUAGUAUGAAUUUGUCAACUCGCUUAACUCUGCUGGAUCAGGAGCUGUGUGAUCAAGGUAUGCAGCUUCAGGGUAGCACCACUGAAGACAAGACAGACAUUUUGGAAAAAAUUCAAGUUCUCCAAACAGAAAGGGAUCAGCUGCUUAGAAGAAGAAAUAGCGUGGAUGAGAAACUGAAAGAUGGUAAAGUGCUGUCAGCUGAAGAAGAACAUGUCCUUUUCCAGCUGGAAGAAGGAAUUGAAGCCCUGGAGGCUGCUAUUGAUUACAAGAAUGAAAGUAUUCAGAACCGCCAGCAUUUGCUUAGGUCAUCUUCUCAGAUUCUUUCACAGAGUGAGAGUAAUAUAAUAGGAAAACUUGUUUCCCUGUCUGCUGCUGAGCUCAGAGUUAUCCUUUUCAAAUAUUUCAAAAAGAUUGUUGGCCUACGUGAGUCUGAACGUAAAUUACAACUGCAAAUUGAAGAACAGGAAAUGAAGGUCAUAGACCAGGAAAUCAUGAUACUUGAAUUAGAAUCUGCACUUGAACACAUCAAAUUACAGUAUGACAGGCAGCUAACCCUACAACAAAAAGAACAUGAGAAAAAAAUACAGUUAAUACUGCAUCAUUUCAAAGAACAAGAUAAUGAAGAUACUGCAGAAACCUUGAAAGGGUAUGAAGUAAAAGUCCAUCAACUGGAAAAAGAGUUAUUUUUCUAUAAGAAAACCAACAGAGAGAUGAAGAAGAAAUUGAAAGGCCUCUCUGGAGAGUCAUCCCAUCAAUUACUGGCAUCCACUAAAUGUAACAGUGCUGGUGAGAGGACAGCUUCAUGUAGGCAAGAUGAAGCAGAAGUUGCUUCUGAAGAAUUCAAAUUGACACUUAACCCUGAAACUAAUAGUCAGCCAGGAAAAAUAAAUGAAACAGAAAGAAAAUGUAUUUUAAGAGCACAACAGAAUCCAUACAGCAUUGGAGAAGUUGUUUCAGGAUCUGGAAGCAACAAAGAGAGUUUGUCAAGCUCUAGUGAUGACAAAACAGGAACAGAUGCUCAGCCUUCAAAAUCUCAUCAUCAGCUACCUUCUGUCAUCCAGAGAAGAGAGACCAUGAUACAGUUUGAAGAAGUAACUCCAAUAAAACUAUCUCGACGAGAGCUACGUUAUAUUUCUCCCUCUGAAUUAUCUUUGAGACGAUCAAGCCUUGGAGCUGGUGCCAGUUUUGUUACUGCAGAUUCCACUGAAAUGGAGAAAAAGUCUAAUGUCACUAAGACAUAAUUACUCUUCAUUACAUUUGUAAUAGAUGUUGCAACUGUAUUAGAUUUUUUUUUUCAUGGUCUUGUAGAGUAUCAACUAUCAAUA